AUGGUUUUAAAUUUUAUAAAUAAAUCAGAAUCAAUUUGUAAUGCACCAAGUACUGGAGCAAAUGGUACAUCAACAUUAUUAUAUAUUCCAAUAACUCAACCAAAUGAAACUCAACCAUUUUUAACAUUUAAUAUACCAUCGACAUUAUCAAAUAGCAAUUUUAUGAUUGGUUCAAUCUCCAUUGAAUCAAUUAGUGAAGUUAAUUCAAAUAAUGAUAUGAUUGUAAAGAGAAUACCAUUUACCAAUUGGUUAAAGAUUUCACCAUUAACUUCAGUACCAUUUAAAUAUUCAAUUAAAACCAAUGAUUUAAGUUUACUAAUUGAUGUCAAUUGGUCAGUGAAUGUAAUCAAUGCACAAUUGAAUUAUACAAAUAUUCAAUUCAGUUUUAAUUUCACAAAAUAUCAAUUUCAAUCACCAACAAAUAAAUUGUCUUUGAAUUUAGUUCAAAGCUUAAUGGAUUCUCAAGUUUCUACUGGAAAAAGUGCAUGUGGUAUCUCACAAUUGGUUACAAAUUCAGUUUAUCAUCAAGAGGUUAAACUUGGUGAUAUUACAUUACUUGGUGAAUUAAAUACUGAUUCAAAUAUUGAUGGUACCCUUGAAAAUAAAGUACUCAUUGCUACUCAAGUUAAUAAAUCUACUACAACAACAACUUCUUCAAUUGAAACUUCUCAAAAAAUUUCAAUCAUUAUUCCAAAUUUCUUAAAUUUUGCUCAAUUUACAACAAAUUAUUUCCCAAUUAAAGAUCCAAGUCCAAUUACAUCAACCUUUGCAAAUGGUACAAUUUGUGUUUCUGGUCCUUCUUCAAAAACUGGUAGAACUCAACAAGAAGUUGCUGCAAUUUGUGUUGGUGUAAUUGGUUUUUCAAUUAUUGGUUUAAUGGCACUUCACUUUUUCUAUUUAAAUGGUAGAUUUUAUAACAAAAGAGAUUAA